GUACGUCUCCAACGGUGAGGGGCCGGGGGGGCCAUGGUGUACGUCUCCAACGGUGAGGGGCCGGGGGGGCCAUGGUGUACAUCUCCAACGGACAAGUGUUGGAUAACCAGAGUCGGGCUCCCUGGAGUUUGUCAUCUAUAACAGAUUUCUUCUGGUCGAUAGCAGAUUUUGUCGUUCUGUUUUUUCAGAGCAUUAUUCAACCAGAUUUGAGAAGAAGAGGCUACACAUCUUCCUCCUAUUCAGGAUACCAUGAUGGAAGAGGGCCUCCAGCACAUCCUCGCCGUAGGAUGGGCCGAAUAAAUCACUGGGGUGGAGGCCCCAGUCCACCACCAAUGGCUGGAGGUGGAUGAGGAAGGUAA